GGUAAUGGAAAUUUGCGACAAAACAAAAAGCAGCAGCACCUCGUGCUUUCUGACAUCCUGACCAGCAGCUGCUUUAUAUGCAGUUCCUCCACUGUCUUGAAAGAAAACACAAGACUCCAGAAUUCUACAAGCUGAGAAGGAGAAAAGUUCAACAUCCAAAGCUAGAGACAGUCCAAAGGCUUUAUUCACAGGUUACAUUUGCUGUCAUGGAAUCUUCGGGGGAGAAAUACCGACGAGGUAUUCCUGUGGCAUUCGUGAUUCAGCUGAGACAAGCAUGGCAGAAACCAAUGAGCACCUUCCCAGUGCUUAUCAGGAGAGUCUGAGCACAGGAUCAAGCCAGCACCCUUCCUCUAAAGAAGAUAAUUGCUCCGUGAUCCCAGCUCAGAGACACACCUGGAGUUAUGAAUGACACCCAUGACAAGAGCAAUAUCAGCGCUACCGUGGAAUGGUUCCAGUUCAUCAUGUACACCCCCACAUUUAGCCUGGGAUUGCUGUUCAAUGUGAUGGCUCUGUUGUUACUCUUUUUUAAGGUUAAAAAGCUGUCAGAAUCUACAGUCUACAUGAUAGCCCUUAUAUUCCUGGAUACUUUGCUGUUGUUUACUCUUCCUUUUAAAAUCAUUUCCUACCGCCGUCAGGACAAGUGGAACUUGGGGUCUGUGUUUUGCUCCACCUUGGAGAGUCUUUACUUUGUAAACAUGUAUGGCAGCAUUCUCAUCUCCCUCUGCAUCUGCGUGGACCGGUACAUCGCUAUCAAGCACCCCUUCACCGCCCCCUCCCUGAGGUCCAUCAGGAAAGCUGCCACGGUCUGUGCUGUUGUCUGCCUGGGCACCUCGGUGGGGACAGUCUCUACAUCCCAAUUGCAUGAAAAGGGCCAAGACAUCUCAUCCUGCUUCCAUAACUUCUCCCCGAGGACGUGGGCGGACAUAGGCCUGUUCAGCACCUUGGAGACCAUCUUCUUUGGCAGCAUGGCAGCCAUGACGUUCUGCACUGCCCAGACUGUCAGGUGCCUGAGAAGGCACAGAGAUCCAGACAACCCCCAGACACACAUCACUAGAGCGGAGAGGAUCGUGGUGACAAACCUUGUGGCGUUUUUGGUCUGCUUCACCCCUUACCAUGUGGCAUACUUCAUGUACUUCCUGGUGAAGAGAAACAUCAUCCACGUCAGUUUUCAAAAAGUGCUGCGAGAUGUCGUUCAGAUCACCCUUUGCUGGGCAAACCUGAACUGCUGCCUUGAUGGCGUGUGUUAUUAUUUUGUUUUAAAGGAGUCCUUGGAAGAACCAUCACGAAACACGGAAAGAAGAGUCAUGCCAAAGCCUUGAUUUACAUACUGCAUGUUACUUACUUGGGAUGAUGUGUGGUGAGGCUUUCAUGGAAAGUGCAGGGUCCUGAACUUCUUACCUAAGCAAUUUGCUUGAAAUAUUCAGUUCUGAAAAUAUUUCAUUAAAAAAAUAGAACUAAGCCCAUUUCCAGGAGACUGCUCCUAACUUUUUUAUUUCCUUCCAUAAUGUUUUCUGUUACUAUUUAUGGGUAAAAAGAAAUAUUUCUUUUUAUUUCUUCCAAGCCUCUCCCAUUUCUCCAAUGAUUCUGGCCAUUGAUUUUUCUGGAAACAAGCAGGCUGAGGUGUGUAAAAAGCUCGUACCUGACCACCACAGACAACCACUGUUGGAGCUCCCUGCCUCUGCCUACACAUGGCCCCCAGUGCCUCUGCCACCUCUAAGAGAGCUCUAAGAGGGCACAGAGAUGACUUUCAUUCUAGAUUCCUGGGAUAAAUUAUAAUUCUGCAAAGGCAACAUUUUCUACUCAGAAGUUCCCUGCUGGAUCUUAUUGCUUCUGGGCCUCUGAGCAUUCACUGUUCAGGUCAAAUCUGGUGUGAUCUGAUCCCUUCUUUGCUCAGGUGGGUAAUUGCAACAGCUUUUUCAUUUGCUUUAUACCCAAAUCUUGACAUGGGUAUAUAGAGAGACUGCAGAGACUCCUAUUUGCACCAAGAGAGUAUUAAAGAUAUAAAAUGCUAAAAAAUAAAGGGAAAAAAUCUGAAAACCUGACAUUCAUAUUAAGAAAAAAAGAAAGCAAAAACCAAAGAUUUGUUCAGAAAUGAUUCACCCCUGAGAACUGAGGACUCAUUCCUAACACACAGUUCUAAGCUUAAAAUCAUUACUUUAUUCUGAAAGAAUGACAAUAGGGACUAGAGAGCUAUUACGGAGCACUUUUUGUACUUGCACUUCUUUUUGCAUUUGAAAAGGGAAAGUGAAAAGGUUUAAACCAGCCUUGAAUGCUGGGUAUGGGAGCUGGUGAAGCUGCUUUGCUGAGGAACUGCACCCUUUGGGCCAACCAAAUCCCAACCAAAGCAUUCAUCUCCCAAACAGAAAGAAUUAGCACAGGUACCAGGCAUGCAGAAACUUCUACAUACAUUUCACUAUAUUAGGAAUUAAAAAAAAAGUUUAAAAGUUCACUUUUUAUGUUUUGUGAAAGAUGUUCACAUACAGUGAAUGGAACAAAUUAUUUACCAUGAGCAUUAUCACAUCUGUGGUGCAGUGGGCCAGUGCAAAGCUACAAUUCAAUCAAGUGCUCCAGCUUGCCUUACUCAUCCCUGUCUUCAUCCUUCCUUUCCUUCCACAUGCCUUUGUCUUCAGGUUUUUGGAGAAACUGCAUCCUUUAGCAAAGCUGAGACUUCUCCCUCCAUCAGGUUUUUUGCUACUGAGAAACAUCUACCACAGCAACAAACUCUAAUGAAUCAGUGUCUUCAGCUACCUUGAAAGGCAAAGGGCACCUACAACCUCCUUCAUUUUAUCUCAUUUAUUCUUCUUAUUCUGAUUUUAUAUACUGUCACUCCGUAAGAAUGGCAUUUACCACAUUUUUCUAAUGUGAUAAAAAAAUUGCUGUGGGAUACUGACACAACCAAAAAUCUAUGAGUAAUCAGAAAUGUUUCCCAGGAAGAAAAGCUGAAUCAGUGCCAUUUGCAGACACCAAAUGAUGUAAAACCUCAUGUCUGCUGUAUGCUAGUUUCCUAUUAAUCCUUCUCUCUAUUCCAAGACAAAAAGGGCAUUAAACUGAGAUUAUAUUUGAAAGCAAGUAUCAGCAGUUUAGAGUUAUAAACACUGCCAGGCAAUUGUUAAUCCAAAGCUAAGCAUUACAAACCCAGGAAAUCCAGUUUAGAUUACACUUCAGAGUACACCAACGCAAUCCUGACCAUUCCUGGGUUAAGUAUUAACUUUGGGACUACAAGUAAAGCCACCUCCCAAUGACCAGCUUACAACCUGGGCCAGCCAUCAUUACUGAGACAGCGAAGGACACUGUCUGAAACAGUUUAUCAGUUUAAAGAGGAGCUUAGGAAAGAAAGCAGGAGAUGUUGCAGAUAGCAGAGGCCCAUCUGACUUCAUUCAUGCUAAUAGGAAGUGCAGUGGCUUGAAAAAGUUGCAGGUGGAAGGGGGCAGAAAUAAAGGACCGUGACUUUUGACAGAGCAAGGUUGGCAUGGCAGUAAAAACCCUGCAGGUUUGUUUCCCUCAUGCAGAGUAAAAUACCUUGGUAUUAAUAAUAAAGAUGUUCCAUAGACCAUUUUGUGUGAUCAGGGAGAAGAUAAAAGAAAGCCUGAGCUUUCACUCUGAGCUCAACUCUUGCUGCUGCUCCUGCCUGUGGCUGACAGAGACCUGGUGGGACCCUGGGCAGGACCCCGCUGUGUGAGAGGGGCUGUUUGCUCCCAUUUGAGGUGCCCUAUGGUAUCUCACCCAGCUUCCAAUGCUGAAUCGGACAGGGAUGGGAUAUUCCUGGCUCAUCUCACUCCUACCCAUCUCUCACUGCAGAAAUCAUACAAAAGGAGCCAGAUCACACUUAAUUCAAACCCACAGCCUAUCACACCUUAUGCCUUAUAAUUCCUCAGCAAAAACACAUUUAGGUUAUCAGGAGUGGGAAGAGAUAAAGCAAUGCGCUGGACACAUUUGCAUUUGUAACCCACUCCAUGCUAUAAUGGCAAGACAGAACUUAACAUCACACUCAGUAGCAAUAGCAAGACCAUUAAUGCCCUUCUCCUUUGCAACACAAAAUACAGAGGUUAGAAAAAUAUAUUCCCUAGUUUCGGAAAAACAGGGUAGAGAUUGAGCAGUAUCACUGAGUCUUAUCCCAGAUUUCAUUUCUGGACAUAAUCACAUCAUUAAAAUAAUUUUUAUAGUCCAUGUUAUUAUGGGUUAUUGCUCCCUCAAAUUAGCCUGUGUCACUUGCCUUGGGAUGCCCACAUACAUCUGUCACAAAACAUCUUUGGAAAAAAUCCCAAAUCUCUCUCCCACUUUUUGCCAAUCAAAAAUCCAAUCCUUUAUCUUUGUUAUUGUCACUUACCUCCUAUUCACAUCCUCAGAGGGGAACAAAUUUCAACAUCUCUUACUAAGCUUUUUAAGGAGAAAGAAAGAAUAAAAAAAAAAAGAAGAAAAGAAAAAUGCAUUGAAAAGAAGAGUGGUGGCAAUGCCAGCAGCUCUCCUUGGCAGGUGCUGGCUGUGAAGAGCUCCUUUGGAAGAUCUUGGCAACAGCACCCUGGACUCAAGGUGAGCAAGCGCCAGCAAAGGCUUGUGGUAGGAGACAACAGAAGCCUGAGGGAGCACCUUGGCACAGGCACAGUGAACUGACAAGCAGCAGGGCACAGUGCAUACCUGCAGCAGAAAGGGGAGAGAAUUUAAGGUCUUGUGCAGAGCAUUGCUACAUCUAUGGGGGAAAAUCCAGCCUUCUACUGCCACAGAGGGAAAACCCCAGGAAAAGGUAUAUACAGUGACAGCUUUUUAGGUAAAUCAUGAUGACAUGAGAGAGAGCUUUUUUUUAUUUAUUUUUUUUUUUUGGUCUUUUGUUUUGUUUUUGCUUUCUUGCUCCACUGACACCAGAACACAGCAAGAGCGUAUUAAAUCAAACACUGCCAUCAGGAAGGGCUUGCAGGUUUGACUCCGACCAUGCCAGCCACUUCUUUUACCACAUCUUUUUAAGUGACAAAGCAAUGAUAAAUGACAAAGCACUGCCACGCUUUGUGGUGCCACACAUCCCUGAACACAGGUUGCAGCCCCAGCUCUAUCCUCUUCCACCUCCUGCUGCCAUAGUGUGAGGACCUUACAGUGCUUCCCUCCCCUUAAGGCUGGUUUGGUUUGUUUUAGAAACAAAACAAAAUAAAAUAAAAUGAAAAGCCCCAACCACUCUUAAAUACUUCCCUAAAUAUACCACCACAUUCAAGAUUUCAGCUCGAUGAGAUAUCCUGGCGUCUUGUUUUUGCAAUGACUCCUCACAGGAGCCCAGGGAACCAUGAGGGCAGGUCCAGCCGCUGGCAGGCUCUGCCUCAAUGCAGUGGCAGAAGGGUUUAUUUUAAACGUGGAUCCAGCAAAGAAUUUAACUUUUUUCUCCUCAAAGCCAAAUUCAAACCGGUUUUGGUCAGAAAAGCAGUGUUACUUUUAAAUGCUCCCUGUGCCCAGGGAGGACUUUGCACAGAAACACUCACAUCGCCAGAGACAAACAGCUGCCCCUGGGGCCUCAUCUCUGUGAGGGAACAACGUGGCAUUGGACAUUAAAAUGUUAGUUUAAGCUUCCAUCACUUACUGUGUGUUUGGGUGAGUGCCAGGACAUGGACACAAGUGAGUGUAAACCCCCAUGAGGGGAGGAUGGGAGGUGGGGCAUGCAGGUCAGGCUGGCUGGUCUCCCCUCAGCGCUGUCGACAUCAGUCAACACCCAGCACUUCCCAUCUGUGUGAGUGGCAGCAGCACAGCCAGGAAACCUGCCGAGUGAGGGCAUCAUUCGAUGAGCUAAUAAUGUGCUCAUUCCAGAAAGAACCACACACACAAUGGAACACGUGCUGGACAGCCCUUGGCUCUGCUCACUGCCUGGCACUAGAGCCAUGAUGGGGGCAGUCACCAAGCCCUCAGAAGCAGGCAGCAGACACUGAGAACCUUCUCCUUGCUUGGAAAAUCACCCUUUUUAGCCAACUCUACUCUAGGCUACUCCACUACAGCUGCACGGGGCUAAGAUUAUGCUGCCCACAGGUGUCACAGCAAAUGAACUGAACACACCGAGAGCUGCAAAUAUUAGAAGGCAUGAAUCGAUUUUAUAGCUCCUGCAAACAGCCCCACACGGCGCUGCCCUUCCAGCAAAAACAGUGGAGCACUUGCUACUAAUGAAAAAUCUGGGGAAAGAAGGGAAGACCCACCAAGUCCCUAUAUGGGUGAGCACAACAUGCUGCUCUUGCAGAGACAGCGCUUCAGGAACAGCUACACCACAUGAACUCAUGAUGUCAAGGAGACUGAUACCAAAUAUUUACCUUUUAUUGCAAUUAAACGACUUCACCAAAAGCACUGAAUGAAAGCAAAGUGCAUUUCCUUUGCAAACCUCAUUAGAGAAUUGCCAUGCCUUCCUCUCCCGACUUAACAUUUCGAGCAGCCAUUUGAUAGUUGGUACCUGCUGUUAUAAAGGCAACUUGGUUUGAGUUUCAUCAUUGUUUUCUCACGGAUUUCAUGGGUUAACACUAAAAUACUUGGCCAAGGAGAAAGAGCAAGCUUUUCUAUCCGUGACAUUUUAACUGAAAUGUUUUUUUAAAGCUGAUAUAAAGCUCAGAAAGAGCUGGUCCAAAAGGCUUAUUGCAAACCUGCUUUGUGCUUCAGAGGGGCUCAAGCUACAUUGCAACUGUCUGUACUUCUGUAGCAUCCAUUUUUCUUGGAGAGGUGAAUGAG